CUAGCCUCUCCAUCAAGGUGCUCUGCUGUCCCCCCACCGGUUUAGUUUGUGCUAUCUCGUUUGGUUUUCGUCCUUGUUUUUAUUACUAACCUGGGCGAUACUCGGUUUGGUAUAUCCAGUAUUGUGGUGCUGAGGGUUUGUGUUAGUAGUUUGUCCACCAGAACCCUCCUGUUCAUAGCCCCCGGGUUCGGGGACCGCGUCUACCCCAAAGAUCCGGAGACUAUAUAUUUAAUUUCGGCGGGCUUGCAGUUCUCCCUGAGAAUGAACUAGGUGUCACGAAGCGCAGUUAUCUUGUCUAGACUCAUGUGUGUUAUGUAGCACUAUAUUGGAUCACUCGAGUAUGGUAUUAUUUCGCGCGGCAGGAUACAUUCCGAGUAAGAUGCUUCAGUCCAAACACCUAAAAGACACCAACUGGCUGCUUUCCAAACACAACACACACCUUCCCCGUCAGCCAUCAAAUUAAGUGGACACUUCUCAUGACAUAUCAUGAGGUAUGAUGAUGAGUUGACACUUGCAGGGCAAGGUGCGCUGGCGGAAGGAAUUAAUUUUAAAUGGUCGCCCUUGGCCUAAAGUUAGUACCACGGAUGUGUUUUCAUUCAUCAUGGAACCACCAGUAGCUGUGUGUGCUUUUAUAUGGGCUCGGUCAAUUUUGAUUGCAUGUCAUGGCUAGAUGACAAACCAUCCGCAGACAUCGAAUACUAGCCAUCCGACGAUAUCGGGUAAAUCGACAAUUACAAUGUGUGAUGUCAGGGAAAGUUGUAUGACUAGCUAGCAUUUCCAAAAGCUAAACAAACAAACGUCAUUACGUGUUUGUGCUGUCGUGCAUUAUUAGCACAAUUUUGAACUUUUAGAUUAGUGUUUACUGAUGUUGGUUUUAAGUUUUGGCUGACUUAAUCUUUGAAUUGAAUUAUGGGGCGUUUUUGGACCUGGAAUGAACAGAAUCUUACACUAUCACAAACGAGUGCUGAAGGGCCAAACUCCCUUGCUUGGCUAAUUGUUUGGACCAGUGGAAAAUAUUGCAGCUAGGAUUCCCGCAAGGGAAAAUUGUGCACCCAUUUGACCAUUGCUGAGAACCCACCCCAGGAACCCCUUAUUGAGAUUCCACCAUGGAGGAUGUUCAGGUGGAGGAAGAUGUCCCAAAGGAGGGGGCAGAGGUGGAGAACACAGAGCCAUUACCUGCAGAGAGCUAUGCAGCAGAGUCCAUGGCUGCAGACAUGGACCCCUGGAUCAUAUUUGACUCUCGCAAAACGCCUGCAGCUGAGUUUGACGGCUGGCUGGAGACCAACAGGCCAUCCCAGGUGGGGCGCUUUGGGGACGAGGAGGGUGGUAAGGGACCUGUGGGGUGGAUCGCUGUGUUGGGCCCGGACCACUGCCCUGCCACAGGGGACAUCACUGGACUCCAGGCGAGCUGGGAGAGGCUGCUGACCAGCGGGAGAACCAUCACCUUCCAGACUGUGAAAGAACUGGCACUGAACCACAGGGUGCUCACCGGCAAGUGGCUGAUGCACCUGGACUCAGGCUUCAAGGUGGACCAUGCCUGGGAGUGUGUGGCCAGAGCAGCCGUGGAAGGGAAGAUCCUCCAGACCAAGGUGAGCCCGCGCGACCCCACGUCUGACCGUAAGCAUGUCAUCUGUUCCUAUAACAAGGACUUCACAGAUGAGAACGAGGUGAUGAGGCUGGAUGCAGUCAUCCGGGCCACGGGCGUCAAGUGCUUGCUGUCCUUCAAGCCGGAUGUUUACACUUACCUGGGUAUUUACCGCAACAACCGCUGGAAUCUCUGCCCCACAAUCUACGAGAGCAAGUACGACCUGGAGUGUGUGCCCCGACGUUCCCACAUCGUCAACAAAGUCACCAAUCUGGAGGUCACCUAGGAAAGGAGUGUGGGAGGAUAGUUUGCUAUUGCUAAACAAGCACUUAGUGUUGGACACAGCCAUGAAUUAGGCUGUAUUGUACAGCACUGUACUUCUGACUUGGGUUCAGUUAAUUCCCCGAAGUAUGGAGUUUAAUAUUUCUGAGAUCUUCCUAUACGUCUCGAAGCAGACUUGUUCAUCAUGCUGAAAUUAAUUUCAGAUAAUUUCUUGCCAUAGUUCAUUGCAGGGUGCUUCAAGAUUCAGAUUAUAUUGUCUACAUACAAGCAAAAAUGUUGUAAAUCAAGUCUUUAAUUUACUUAUUCGGUAGUGCAGCUGCCAUCCACAACUCUGAAACCAGAGCUUGUCACUGGUCAUGCAGUGACUGAAUACAUGCAUGUUUUGUUGUGAUUCUGUACCUUUUAACAUUUACAAAGACGUCAAGGUAUCUGUAAUAAAAAUGUCUUACCAUUUUCAUUGUUUGGCUUCAAUAUGUUUUGUGCUCAAUGUCAUCAAUUACAACAAUUGCCAAAUAAAUGUAUUUUAAACAUU